CUAAAUCAUCAGGUUGGUUUUCUCUCCUAUUAAUUGUUCGAGUGAUUAGAUAUAUUCCCUAAGUUUCAUCGAAAGAGGAUGGCCACUUGUUAUAUUUUGAGGUACUCUCACAACAUUAUUUGGAUAUGUAUUGUCUGUAGGCCUAAUGAUGUUGCUUCUACUUGCGGUUGUGGGGUUAGUAAGCUAUUAUAUCUACAAGUCGAUAAAACCGCCACCACCGAUUCCAUUGCCGGAAAACGUUUCCAAGAUAUCUCCAAGAAUCAAACUUAGUGAUGGCAGACAUAUAGCAUACAAAGAAUUAGGGUUUCCAAAGGAUGAAGCCGAAAACAAAAUAAUAGUCGUCCAUGGAUAUUCAAAUUCCAAAAACGUCGAUUUAUACACCACACAGGAAAUGAUUGAUGAAUUCAAGAUAUACUUUUUAUUCUUCGAUAGAGCUGGUUAUGGAGAAAGCGAUCCUAAUCCAUCAAGAACGCUAAAAACAGAUACAUAUGAUAUCGAAGAACUUGCUGACAAAUUGCAACUUGGUCCAAAGUUCCAUGUUUUGGGCAUGUCACUUGGAGCUUACCCAGUUUACGGCUGUCUCAAAUACAUUCCUCAUAGACUAAAUGGAGCUUCCUUGGCGGUUCCAUUAAUAAAUUUUUGGUGGAGACGUAUUCCUCAAAGCUUGUUGAAUGCAGCAAUCAAGAAAUUACCAUUUGAGUUUCAAAUGACACUUCGAGUCGCACACUACUGUCCAUGGUUGUUAUAUUGGUGGAUGACUCAGAAAUGGUUUCCAAGUAACCGGGAUCCCAAGAAAACUUUGACUGAACGCGACAUAGAACUUUCGGAAACACAUUCAAAACAAUCAUACAAGGACGCUGCUUUACGACAAGGUGAACAUGUGAGCAGCCAACGAGACAUCAUUGCGGGUUAUGGAAAUUGGGAGUUUGAUCCAACUGAACUAAGCAACCCGUUCUCGGAUACUAACAAAGGAUCAGUCCAUAUGUGGUGUGCGCUCGAGGACAAACAAAUAUUGCGAGAUGUUCUAGUCUAUAUAUGUGAUAAGUUGCCAUGGAUAAAGUUCCAUGAGGUCCCUCAUGCUGGACACUGGUUUAUUUAUGAGAAGAAGAAUUUCGAAGCCAUCAUCAAAGCUGCUUGUACUGAAUGAGAAAUGGAGAAUGAAGAAAGAAACUCUAUCAAAUUUAUAUGGUAUGAUUAAGUUUGAGAAAAAUAUGUGUGUGUUCAAAAACAAAAAUUAUGUGUAUAUAAGUUUAAGAAAAAUAUUAUGUAUGUGUCAAUAUUUGUAUAUAAAUCUGGUAUUUAAGGUCA